CCCUGCGGCGUCGGUCGCGGUCGCGCGUGGUCGCGACACUCGGACACAGUGAAUUAUGUUCAUUUGGAUUUGACAGCUGACACUUUGAUUGAUCAUUUCAGGUACCACAAUACCGCGGCAGAGUGUGCGUGGUGCGGCGCCGCGGGACUUCGUACAUGGAGAGCGCUCGCCACUAGCAGAUCUCGCGGCACCGGCAGGGUGGCGGCGUCCAAGUAUGGCGGAGUGGCGGUGAGGCGCGGCAUGAAGUGCGCGGCGGGCGCGGGCGACGAGCUGCUGCUCAGCGCCUGCUGGCUCGAUCCCAAGCUGGACCCGCCGCAGCCGCACGAGCUGCUCGACUCCCUGCUGCCCCCGCCCCUCGCCGAGCUCAAGCCGCUGCCCCCCUUCACCGGCUACACCGGCCACCUCUCCAUCAACGGCAUCUCCGGCCACCACUUCCACGCCAUCGCGCAGCGCCUGCCCGAGGAGAACAACAACUUUCCCACGCCGAGCGGCUACGCCGACCACGACGUCGUCUCCUCCUCCACGUGCGCCGCCGACUCCGAGCCGCCCGACCUCGAGGACAUCAAGCCCUUCCCGCUCGACGCGCCAGCGCCGAAGCCCUACGCGGAGUCCGGGGCGGGUGGCGCGGCCGACUCGUGUGCGGCCUCGUGCUCGCCGCCGACCAAGCUGUUCGACGACAUCAGCUCCAUCGAGGACAUCGCGGCCAUCAUCGGGUCCGCGAUCGCCGACACCACCGUGCCCGGCCAGCCCGACGACCCCGAGCGCAAUGACUCGCGCGACUCCUGGAUGGACAUCGACGCGUGGAUCGGCGGCGCGUGCGGCCAGCAGGACAAAAUCGUGCCGCAGGACCUGGCCGAGUUCGGCGUGCCCGACUCGCCGCCGCCGCAGCCGCAGGGGCUCGACUUCGGCAAGGACUCCGGCCAGUUCACGCGGAGCUCCGACUUCCUGCCGCGGAACCUCGGCCAGGCGGGCUCCACGCUGCAGCAUAUCCUGUCGCAGACCUACAUGCCGAUGCUGCAGAGCCGGCUGCAGAACGGGCCACCCGUGAAGCGCGAGGCGCCGAGCUCGACGAGCUACGGGCUGGACGCGAUCUCGACGUCGUCGCCGCCGGGCAACGCCGUGUCCACGACGGACGGCGCGCUGCUCGACGGCCGCUACUCGCACUACGCGCUCGGUCUCAAGUCGGAGGGCCCCUGCAGCCCGGAGCGGCUGCUGGGCUAUGCGCCGGCGCACACCACCACGGGCACGCCCAAUCGGAGCAAGCGCAGCCGGGCGAAGGGCAAGCAGCCGGGCGGCGGCGUGCACGGCGGGUCUAUGUCGUUCGCGUCGGCGUCGGCGGAGCUGUCGGGGCUGCUGGGCAAGGAGAAGCCGGUGCACCGCUGCGGCAUCUGCAACCGCGGCUUCCUCAACAAGUCCAACAUCAAGGUGCACCUGCGCACGCACACGGGCGAGAAGCCGUUCCGCUGCGACGUGUGCGCGAAAGCGUUCCGCCAGAAGGCGCACCUCAUCAAGCACCAGCAGAUCCACAAGCGGAUCGGCCGGGACUAGGUGCCGCCGUGUGUGCGCGACCCACUGACUGUCUUGUAUAUUACUAAUGUAACUUAAGUUCAUUAACGUAUUACUCGGAAACUUUGUAGUAACACAGGAAAAGUGCAAUGUUAACUAGUUUUAAGUAUCCAUAUUGUUUCUUGUAGAUAAUAUUUUUAUAUCGUUGC